GUGAAGACAAUACGCAUUCUUGCUCAACAGUGGAUGACAUCCUCCACCCAAGCCGCUUCUAAAAAGUGGUGAUUUACGCUUACCUGUAUUGUUCCAGUCGGCUUCUGAUAGUUGAUGGCUAUCAACCGCUUCCUGCAUGCGUACAUAGGCACUUAGUCACUGAAUACGCGAUGUUGAGACCCUAGAUGUUUGCAUAUGGGGACACGAGUUCGGCUCUCCACACCAUGGAAUUCUUAGUUGCCUUUAAAGUUCAUUGUGGGGUAUGCAGGACCUGGUGGCCGCGUCGUCAUAACUGGGUCGCUAGUAGACCACGUGGAGCGUGUCCAGAGACUUUGGCACUCACUGAUUCUCCUUUAAGAUGUUCUUCGAGGAACAAAGGACAAACGAUACACAAGAAAGACUCUGGCCCAUUCUAUCCAUUGCGUCUAUCAGCUAUAUCCAUCGAUCGGUAGAGCAGCUCGAUGUCCGCCCGCUGGAGUACCCCUAUGCUGUCAUCCGACUCAACAUUCAGCACCCGGACUAAAAAAAUCGAGGAUCUAGAAAAGGCAUCGCUGUCCCUCUCAAUACCAACAUCUGCUCACUGUAUUGGAUACAAGUGCGAAAAGUACGAAUCGUGUACAGCAAGCUACCCUUCGACUGCCAACAGUUCCGAUGUACUUCUGGGCCAGCCACCGAGGACCGCCUCACAUCCUUCGCCGCCCUCGAAGAACUGGAGACAAGAAUUGCCAUUCAUCUUUAUCACGUGUAUAGCGCAAUUCCUUUCCCUUAGUGCUUUGAAUCAGACAGUUUCACCAGUUAUGGUACUGGCCAAACACUUCAGAGUCGAAGAUUAUGGAAACCUGAGCUGGUUCUCUGCGUCCUACAGCAUGAGCGUGGGGACAUUCAUACUUCCUGCAGGGCGAUUAGGAGACAUGUACGGCCACAAGAAGAUCUACCUCAUCGGCUGGCUUUGGUUUGCCAUCUGGUCUAUCAUUACAGGGUUCGCAUACACCUCAAACCACGUCAUGUUCAGCAUUUGCCGGGCACUCCAAGGAAUCGGGCCAGCCCUGCUUGUCCCAAAUGCCGUGGCUCUCAUCGGACGAACGCUCCCAGUGGGCAAGCAACGCAUGAUCGGCUUUGCAUGCUUUGGUGCUUCGGGUCCCCUAGGCGCGACAGCCGGUGCUGUGUUCUCCGCUUUGCUCGCGGAGCUGGCCUGGUGGCCAUGGAUGUUCUGGGUGCUCGCAGUGUUAUGUCUCAUCGUCAUGGGUCUCGCGUAUAUGAUCCUGCCCGAGGAAAGAAUGGAACCAGUCCGAGGACCCAUCAACGCCAAGCCGCCGACAUUCGAUUAUUGGGGGACCAUAACCGGGGUUUCGGGCCUCGUGCUCAUCAACACUGCUCUCAACCAGGCGCCUCUCGUGCUGUGGACGGCGGCCUAUGUCAGCUGUCUCCUUGGAGCCGGCUGCGUAUUAAUGGUCGUCUUCUUCUUCGUCGAGCUCUACGCCACAAACGACCCACUCAUCCCCAUUCGCGGCCUGGGCAAAGACACCAUUUUCGCACUCACAUGCAUCGUGACCGGGUGGGCUUCCCAUGGUAUCUGGGCGUACUACCUGUACCUCUUCCUGGAGCAGCUACGCGGGCACUCCGCAAUCCUGACGUCCGCGCAGACGUCCCCCGUCGCCAUCACCGGCGUGCUCUUCGCGUUCUCCACCGUCUGGCUGAUCCAGCGCUUCGGCGUCAGCUAUGUCAUGUUCAUCGCCAUGACGUGCUUCAUGGUGGGCGUGCUGCUCCUUGCCACCAUGCCCAUCCACCAGAGCUACUGGUUGCAGGCCUUCUUAUCCAUCCUCAUCAUGCCCGGCGCCAUGAACCUGUCCUACCCGGCGGCCAACAUGCUACUUUCGUCCGCGCUGCCCAGGGAGAAGCAGGGCAUCGCCGCGAGCCUCGUCUCCACGAUGGUGAACUACAGCAUCAGCUGCGGGUUGGGCGUGGCUGGUACGAUCGACCGCUAUGUGACUCAGGCGGCGGCGAAGGAGGCGGGCAUCGUGCAUCCGCCGCCGCUGAGUGAUGAGAGCCCUGAGUUGAUGGCGAUCAGGCUGAUCGGGUUCCGGGCGAGCUUCUGGUUUGCGGUAGCGUUUAGUGCGACGGGGAUGGCGAUUGCGAGCGUAUUCAUUGGGGUCACGGAAAAGAGAAAGAGGGCGCUGAGGAGGGAGGCGAAUGUUGCGUGACAGCUGCCCUUGCUAGGACCUGCAUCGCGCAGCCUGCCGGGGAGAUGCCGUGUUCGACCUAACGCAGGUUUUGAGAGACUCAUAGGGUUUGGUAGGCAUCCCUCAUCCCUUUGAUGGGAGGAUAUGCUGCUGCUGCUGCUGCUAUACUGUUCCGCAGUUGGCGGCUCUUUGCCAGCCGCCGCUGAA